CAGAGAUGUUGGUUAUCUGUGUAAACUGAAAGUGACCAUUCUCAGUCGGCCGAGAAAUCCAAAGUACAGAGAAACAAAAGGGAAGAUCGUGGUCACCAAAAUAAUUUCUAGAAUACUAAAGCUCUGCUAUGGAGAGAGACCAGCCCUACUCCGGAGAAAGUGACCAGCAGGAAGGUACAGGGUUUAUGGUUGAGUUUGCAGAAUCUGGCCGUUCAGAUGAAGAAGGUGACUAUGAAACCUUUACUUCAAUUGCAGCAAAGCAGAAACACACAGAAGCCUCAGCAGAUCUCUCAGAUGCUAAAAGCUCCCAAAGCCCCAACUCUUCCAUGACAACGAAGGAACUUCAAGAAUACUGGAGGAAUGAGAAACGCAGCUGCCGAGAAGUCAAAGUCCUUUUCGAAAUCCCCUCCGCCAGAAUCGUGGAGAAACCCUUCUCUAAACACGUGAAGUACCAAAUCAUCAUCAUCCAGACGGGCAGUUUUGACAGCAACAAAUCCAUGAUCGAACGUCGGUACUCAGAUUUCGAAAAGCUGCACACAUAUCUUUUGAAAGAGUUUUAUGAUGAAAUGGAAGACGUCACUUUCCCCAAGAAGAUCCUGACUGGAAACUUCACGGAAGAAAUCAUCCUUGAGAGAAAAUUAGCCUUCCAGGAUUAUUUGCGCCUUCUGUAUUCCAUGGAAUUCGUCCGAACCUCGAGAAUGUUUAUCGACUUCAUAAUAAGACCAGAGCUGGAGGAGGCCUACAGUUGCCUGAGAGGAGGACAGUAUACCAAAGCGUUGGAAGGACUUCUGGCAGCUGUCGUUCUUCAGGAGAAGCUCACCAAGCACCGGCCGAUUGUGUUGGUCCCGACUCUCUGCGCCAUACUGGUGUGUUACAAAGACCUGGAAGAUUCCAGAAGUGCCUACGAAUUUGGAGAAAGGGCCUUACUGCGACUUGAGAAGUAUCCCGGACACAGGUACCAUAUGCCCCUGCUGGAAACCAUGAUCUCCUUAGCGUAUGAACUUGGCAAGGACUUUGUUUCUUUACAGGAGAAACUAGAAGAGAGGAAGGCCAAGAAAGGUUAUACAAAAGCCAUGACCCUAAAAGAACUUGCCGUCCAAGAGUACAUACACUGAAUGGCAGAGGAUGUUGGAAAGGUACAGAAAAGGGUUGCCAAAGUGAUCCGGGAGUUGGAAGACCUUCUCUAUGAGGAAUGGAUAAAGGCUUUGGGGCUUCAGAGUUAAGGGGGGAAAGAUAAUCAAGGAGUGAUAUCAUGGAGGUUGAUAAAAUGGUGCAUGGUAUGGAGAAGGGAGUUAGAAGUAUUUGUCUCCCUCUCUCUUAACACUAGAACAGAGCCCUACUCACAUGUUUUGUUCAACACACGUCCAGUCUGUGUACAAUGUACACAUCAGAUCCGUAUACCCGUACAGUUAUUCACACAUUAUACUGAACAUUAUGCA